AUGGGUAUUCGCAGCAGGCCUGAGCAUGCUUCGUUGUCGAAUGGUGGCAGGGACAAGGCUGGUUUUUGGAAGAACUUUUGGAACAUGCGACUUCCUGUCGAAGGAUUGAUUAGUGCUGGGGUUGUGGUUCGAGACCAUAAGGGUGCAGUCAUUGCUGCCAUGUCAGUCAAAAGGGCGUCUGAGAUGGAUGUGGAUUUUAUUGUGGCCUUUGCAGUGCUUGCAACUAUUCAGUUUGUGUUGGAUAUGGGGUUGCACCACAUAAUUCUUGAAGGUGACUCGUUAGUGAUAGUUCGCGCCCUUCAAUCCUCUUGGGCCUUCAUGGCUUCGUUUGGGCACUUUGUGGAGCAAGCCAAAUCUCUGUUGGCUAGAUUCCGCUCCUGGGGUGUUAAGCAUGUAAAACGGGAAGGGAAUUCGGUAGCUUAUUGUCUAGCUCGAAUGGCAAUUGCUAUGGAGGGCUUCUCAGUAUGUAUAGAGGGGGUUCCGCUUUCUUUACGCUCUCUCGUCAAGAGGGAAGCGUCUUUUUGA